AAGCAAACCGAAAGGAGAGGCAAAAGACUCGAACCAAAGACGCGCAAAAAUCCUUGACUCCUUCCCUUCUCCUUCAUUUUCCUUGCUGCUAACCCCAAAUUGCAAAUCCGGUUGUAAUAACACUAUCAUCCUCACCAAUCCGAACGCAGCAAAAACACCAUCACGUUGUAAAUAGUAAUGUCGUGGAUAAGAACCGCCGUUAACAGAGCGGUAGAAGUCGGAGGAAAGACUAACAUUACACGCACCGUCCGUAGUUAUGCAGACUCCGUCGUCCUUCACGCCGGUAAUGCCGUUUCUGAAGGAGCCAAAAUAAUCCAAGACCGCAUUGGAGCGUCAUCAAGGAGUUUGCAGAGUUUGAGGCUAACAGCUAAAAGAUUAGAGGAUGUAUCCGUGUCAUGUAGAGGUGAAGAGAGAGUGCAGUUAUUGAGAAGAUGGCUUGUUGCUCUUAAAGAAACUGAUAGAGAAAGAAUGUUUUCUUCAUCUCCUACUCAUGAACAUCAUGCUGAUGACUCCUUCAAGGAUUCUCCUAAAAAACCUACCAUUGUUUAUUAUGUGGAUCCUGAUCUUGGGACGAUGGAUUUUCGAGAGGUUUUUCUUUAUAGUCAAGCUCUUGAAGGGAUUACAUUGUCCAUGAUUCUUGAAGCGCCGAACGAGGAAGAAGUUUCACUGCUUUUGGAGAUUUUUGGGCUGUGUCUUGCAGGAGGGAAGGAAGUACACGAGGCAGUGAUGAACAGCAUACAAGAUUUGGCAACAGCAUUCACCACCUAUGAGGAUGAAGUACUGGAAAUAGCAGCUUAUUCCAUGGAUUUCUUUUCUAAAGUGAUUAUGAUAAGGGUAAAGCGAGAGGAGUUGCUCCAAUACGCUCAAAGUGCAAUUUCAGGUCUGAAAAUAAAUGCUGAUAUUGCAAGAAUAGAUGCUGAAGCCCACAACAUAAUGGAGAAACUUGAGAAAUCAAAGGCACUCAAUCAGCUUUCCAAUGAAGCUAGCGGAAACUCUUCUGAAGAAACAACUGCUUUGACAAUGGAGGCUGUAGAAGAAAAACUUGGACAAAUUCAACUAUGUUCCACAUUGGAGGCACUAUUACUAAAGAAGAAAUCUUUGAGAAAUGGGGAUUCUCCAGAAAUGCAUGUGGAGAAGGUUGAUAAAUUGAAAAUUUUAUCAGAAUCUCUUCUUAACUCGACCUCAAAAGCUGAAAAGCGCAUUUUAGAACAAAGGACACAGAAAGAAGACGCACUCAACUUUCGUGUGGCUAAAGGUGAUGAGAUUAGUCAGCUUGAGAAGGAAUUAUCAGUGGAGAUUAGAGAAAUGGAAAAGCAAAAGGAUGAACUUGAAGCUGAAUUAAAGAAGGUCAAUACCUCAUUGAAUUCAGCACGGGCACGUAUUCACAAUGCCAGGGAAGAGAGAGAGAACUUUGAUGAAGCCAGCAAUCAGAUUCUGAUGCACCUGAAAGCCAAGGAAGAUGAGCUAGCAAAGUCGGUUACAUCCUGCCGGGCAGAGGCAGAUGUUGUUAAUUCUUGGAUUAAUUUUCUAUAUGCUACCUGGGUUCUACAGACUACAGACACAGAGCAGAGGGAGAAUCAGGUCAAUGGUGAUUUGGAGAGAUACGGUGAUCAUUUUGUGAAUUUGAGUGUUCAUCUCCUCUCUGCUUACAAGGAACAGUUGGGGCCUUUAGUCAUCCGUAUGAAAGGGCUUGUAGCAGACUUGCAUUCUUGUCAAGGGUCAGAAAUAGCACCUAUCAUAAAGGAUGAAGGGUCAAAAGCAAUAAACCAUAGAAAAAAUCUUGAAAAGGGAUUUCUGGAGCUUGAAGCAAAGAUUGUGACCAUCACAAAUGCGGUGCAUGUGAUGAAAAAGCAGUUUUAUACCAACUAUGAUGGCGUAUACAGGAAAAACGACGAGAGGGUCAAAGAGCUAUUUAGUGCUGUGGAAAAAAUGAAAGAGGGAAUUGAAUCCAUCCAGAGACCAGUCCUGGAAGUUGAGAAUGCGACGCAACAAUCACACUCACAGUCCAGUGAUAGCCCCCGUCUAGAUCCUUCCUCUUCUUCGAAACAGACAUUUGAGGCUCCAGGAAAGAAAGAAGAAAAGGAAAGCGGAUCUCCCCCUGUUAACAGAGGAAGUGUAGUCACACAGGCAGACCUGGAAAAGUUAGGAUCCGAACUCGGGAAGGACGAGGAAGGAUACGCAACAGAGGAUAUCGGUGAGUGGGAAUUCGAUGAGCUUGAAAAGGAGGUAAAUCCCAAGCAGCUGACCAGCAAGGAAUAGACCGAGGUUACUGUCAAGUGGAUUUCUUCAGUAUCAUAAUUUUAUAAUGAAAUCUUGUUCUUCCUUUUUAAUAGGAAGUGAGUGCUAUGUGACUUCUGAAUGUCUAAUGACACUCUGUACUGGAAGACUGCAAAUCCUCCCUUUGAUGCCGAAAUGUAGAUAGUAGAUACCCCUAAACAAAUUUAAUCAUGACACUGAAAUCUCCAUACGAUUCUUUCCUUGCUUUUACAGUGGAGGCUAUCUGCCUAGGCUAUGUAUUAUUUAGCGACCCUGUUAAAGAAAAACAUCAGUUUUUU